AAAUUGACGAUAAAUUUUUAAACCAUUACUCAGUGAAAAACUUGACUCGGGUCAUGAAAAUGUUCACCGUUUAGUUUUACUAAAAAACUUGGGAUAUGAAGAUGUUCACCGUUUAGUUUUGUAUCAGAGUGCGAGCCGCAACCUGAUGUCGCUCGCGGGGCACAUGACCCCGGUGCGGCCGCGCCGAGCCGUGCCCAACAUCAGCGGGAAUAAGGAGCUCGACAAGAUAUUCCAGGAUAUGGCAAUGCCUUUCGCUCUAUGGGUGCUAGAGCGGCCGCUGUCCUGCCUUCCGAAGGUGUUCGUCAACAACAGUAUCGUGGUCGUUGGAGCCAGUCGGACUGGACUGGCUUUUCUGGAGUCUUUGAUAAUGGGCCCCGCGUCCCAGUACCUAACGUUCAGCAACGUGACCCUGGUGUCUGAGCACGGCCUCCCGACGGUGGUGGAGUGCCUCAAGGCGGCUGACACGUGCAUCUCUCACGAGGGACGGUAUACGGACCGGUAUCUCAAGAGCGUGCCGUUCUACUACUAUGUGGAUGUCAUGUCUGCUGUCAUGGUUAAUAUUGACAGGAAAAUGAAAUGUAUCCAACUGAAAAGCGGUGGUGUAAAGUUUUAUGAUGAGCUGGUCCUUACUUGUGGCAAACAAUUUCAGCAUCCAGAUUACUUACACCAAUCGCUUGAAUUGGUGAAAGAGGUCGAGAAAGGAAAGCCAUGUGACAGGAUCCUGAUGGAUAACCCGGAAUACCAGCCGGACCGGGUCCCUGCGCCUCCAGAAAUGCCGGAUAAUCUGAUGUUGAUCAACUCUCUCUUCGAAGCGAACUCCUGCAUGAGGAAACUCAUGCGCAUGAUCAGUGAUGCAAAGGACACAAAGAACUGCCUCAGCGAAGAGAAUCAAGUAGUGGUGUACGGGGAGUGCGUUGAGGCUUACAACUGCCUAUCCGCCCUUCUGGAGCUGGGAUUGGUGCCUAAAAUGGUGGCUUUUGUGGAGCCCUUCCCGCCCGAGGACUCCUCUGCCUUGAGAGUUAACUGUUUCAAUAAUGAGACGGUGGAUGGAAGAAUUCAAGGGAACCUGGAGAGACUUGGGUUCCGGAUACUGAGGCAGUGCUGCUUGGCCGGUUGGAGGCAGGUUGAUGCAAGGAUCGAGGAGAUCCAUCUCAUGGCGCCACUCCAUGCCAUUAGACUGCCUUGCUUCGCCUUCUUUUACUACGGCCUGAAAGCUAUUGACAUCAAUGCUUUCAAAGCGAUAAACGAAAGCGGUCUAGUGUACGACGGAGGCCUGAUAGUAGGCCCGUCGUUCGAGACCAACGACCCGCACAUCUAUGGCGCCGGGCCCUGCACCAGAUACUCUCGGAGGCUGUACGCAGCGAGGGUCCCGCACCACUACUACUGUUCGGAGGAUGUGGGCGAAGCGUUGGCGCGGAUAUUCCUUCACAAGCUCGAUCCGUUCGUGAUGUGUGACCCCGGCGUUGAUCAACCGAUGACUGAUCUUUUGCCAAGAUACAGCUCCAGCUUGCUGGCUUUCAGAGGCUCUCAUGCAAGUAUGAGCAGCGCUACAAAAAUCAAUCUGGGGGUAACAUCAAGAAGAUGGCAACCGGUGAUGAAGUUUGAGUCGCCAAUCGUGCAGUUCUCGACUCUACCGGGGCCGGUGUACUACCUGACUGUUAGGAAGCCGGGGCCAGUGAUACCAAUGGAAGUGCAGCUCUCGUUGCCACAUCAGGGCCACACGCUAGUAACGGACAAGCGCGGCAACUACUUUCGCUUGCAACUGAACGCACUGCACUGCGUGGCGAGCGUCACGUGCCUCUCCAAGAGGCACUUCUCGCCGGAGCUGCUGAGCCAGCUGUAUGGCAAGCACGAGGCCUUCUUCAACAAGCUGCUGGCAAGAUACAAGAGGCACUUCUCACCGGAGCUGUUGAGCCAGCUGUAUGGCAAGCACGAGGCCUUCUUCAACAAGCUGCUGGCAAGAUACAAGAUGGGUGAGAUCGACGAUCUGUACGAGUUCUUCACGCAGCCGUGGAUGGCGGCGCUCUACCAGGAGACCUUCAGCGACCUGCUCAGGGAUAUCAACGAGCAGGACGUGGGAACUGUGUACGAUCUCGUGAAGUCCCGCUAUUCUAUGGCGGAAAGCAAGGCGAGGUCUGUGGUCGUCACGCCGCAGAGCACCUGUGCUACUGAGUCAGCCUGCGACAUGGGGUACAAGGACGCAAAAAAUCUUGGAACAUUCAGAUCUGUCAUUGACAAAUUCGUCGCAAGAACUAGUAGUGCUCAAAUCGUCCAUAUCCAGAACACGACGGAUAUACCGUCGGAAUGCGGUCAGAGUGAGUUCGUCCGUUCGGAAGCUGCGUCGUUCUGGAAGACAGUGGGCGGAGAGAGCAUCGUGAUUGCCCACAUCGCGCGCUACCUCAACCGGAAUAGCGUCACCAACCCGCACUACGCCAGGCCGCAGCAUGAACAUCACUGAGGUGAUGUGAGAGAUGAUAUUCUAAUGAGAGUAGUGUUGGGGUAAUACCAAAAGAUCCGAUACCGAUAGAUCUCAGGGCUUAAAACUAGUCAAUCUCUCAAUAGUGAUGGUAAAGACCUUCGAUUCGAAAUUUUGUAUUUUUUUAAUAGUCAUUAACUGCUUCUCCUUGUCAUUAAGUGUUCACUUGUAAUUGCCAAUACCAGCGUAAAGAUUAGUAAAUAAAGUCAUAAUCGAAACGAGAUCUGAGGGCCUAGUGUGAGUUUACAUCAAACGCGCUCACUAGUUUUGUCUGCAGUAUUUGGUCAAAAGAG